AUGGCAGCCCCACCACCUCCAGAUACCGAAGAACUCCAUUCGAACCCUCCGACGCCACCCAGCUCCAAGGCCCCGACUUGCGGUGUCUGUUACGAGCCCAUACCCCGGGGGAACAACAGCCGCCUACUCCCCUGCGGCCACAACGAUCUGUGCGUCGCGUGCGUCGAGGCGUGGCUCCGCGAGCAGCGCUCCGACGUCGAUGCUACGUGUCCCUACUGCCGUGCGGAAGUGACGUUCGUUGAGACGCCUGCCGGUAGGCGAGGCGUCGAGGAGUUCUACCCGGACGAUCAGAACUACAUCUACUGCGACUGCGACGAGUACACCCACUAUGACAGCGAUGGGGAAAGCCUCUAUAUGUACGACGAAGACAGCGAGUGGGAGAUGCAUCUGGUCUCGCAGCCGGAGGCUGCGAGCGGCGGGUUUGUCGUCAUGGAACAGACCGUGGAAAGAGUCGCGGAGCAGAUUGCAGGCCUGACGCAGCAGUAUCCGGACUGGAGGCUCCCGACGCCUCAGGCACCCCCUGGUUCUCCCGCUUCUCAAAUAUACGGAUAUGAUCUUAACACCCUCGCCACUGCUGCGCUUGAGGUUGAAGGCGGUGCAAGGCUCCCACGAGAGGAUCCUAUGGAUGUAGAUGUGGAAGAGGGCCGAGCUGGAGAUGGGAGGCAGCAAGGAUACGUCGCAGAUGGGAGUGUGAGCGAGGUACGGAUCUCAGAAGAGGACGCCGAGCUUGUAGCAGAGUUCCCACUCAACAGUUGGUCACCGGACAGUGACUGGGAGUUCCAACAUAGUGAACGAUAUAUACAGGCUCCUGAUCGUGUUGUAGACGCCGAGUUUCUUCGUCGAGAUGUUCGGCAGUGCCGGAACGAGAUGAAGCAGUACUGCCAAAGUCAAAGUUGCUUCUCUGGCCGCUACAUGAGGGAGUGGGAUUGA